CUGAGGCGGGAGAUGCGGCUGCCCUGCGAGGCGGCGGUGCUGAGCCGGCUGCUGCCCUCGGCGGGGCUGCGGGGGCUGGGCCGGGCCGCCAGGGCGCUGCUCUCGCUGGGGAAGCCGCCCGGAGGGGGCGGCGUCUGGCUCCUGGUCAGCACCGCCCGCGACCGACCCGGCACCAAAUACCAGUUGAGAGAAAAUGUAGAGCAGCUUUUUACCAAAUUUGUGGAAGAAGGAAAAGCCACCAUACGGCUGAAAGAACCAGCAGUGGAUAUCUGUCUCAGCAAGGCGGAUGCCAGCCUUCUGAAGGCUUUCCUUUCAGCAGUGAAGCUGGCUAACCACCGAACCAAUGAGGAAUCCUUAACCCUGUCUGCCUUGGUCCCACCAAAAGCAUCUGAGGUGGAGAAGCCAAAGACGAGGAUGAUAAUCACGUCAAGGAAGGAUUAUCCAUUAACCCGGAACUUCCCUUAUUCCCUGGAACAUCUCCAAGCCUCCUACUGCAAACUGGCCCGCAUUGAUAUGCGCAUGCUUUGUCUCAGAAGCCUCCGGAAGCUGGACUUGAGCCACAAUUGUAUUAAAAAGCUGCCGGCCACCGUUGGAGACCUCACGUGCCUUCAGGAGCUCAAUCUACACAACAACCAGCUGGAGAAAUUCAGUGUGGCGCUGUGCAACUCCACCCUGCGAAAGUCACUCCACUCUCUGGAUCUGAGCCAGAACAAAAUCAGAGCCCUCCCAGCCCAGUUUUGCCAGUUACAGGAACUUACUCAUUUGAAGCUAGAUGACAAUGAGUUAAUUAGGCUGCCGUUCAAGAUUGGGCUUCUGAAGCAGCUGCGCUUCUUGUCUGCUGCUCGCAACAAGCUCCCGUUUUUACCCGAUGGUUUUGCAAAACUCUCCCUCGAGAACCUGGACUUGUUUGGCAACCCAUUUGAACAGCCCAGACCACUCAUUCCUGACAUACAACUUAAAAUACCAUUGACUUUGUUAGAAUAUUCUGCAAGAGCAACGGUCAAUUUCAGAAUCCCAUACGGCCCCCACGUCCUUCCUUCUCACCUCUGCGAUGACCUGGACAUGUCAAAGACCUGUCAGUGUGGCGGUGCCUGCCUCAGCUGCUUCAUUCAGACGACAGUGACGAUGAAUCUCCACAGUGUGGCGCACACCGUGGUUCUUGUGGAUAACAUGGGCGGCACAGAGGCUCCCACCCUCCGCUACUUCUGCUCUCUGACUUGCUACUCCCGGUUCCUGGACAGGCACCUGCAGAGCAUCCGGUGACCUCAGGCAAAGACGGCCACAGGGCGUGGGGUGCUCCGUCUAGCCGUGGAGGAGGGCAAGUGCUUAGCUCUGCCUGGUCUCAAAGCAACCACAAAACGUGGCACGAAGCAUUGCUGUUACCUAACAGAUUCUGCAAACCACUCGAGAGGAAGAAGGAAUAUGAGUGCUAGGUUUUAAGUAACAUAGCUUAGUGGGGGUGGUUGCCAAAGCGGCAGCUCAGGGAAGCUCUUUCCACGUUUGAAUGACGGACAGCGAGCUGUGGGUUCUGCUGCUGAGGCUCUGCCCCUUUCUCCUAGCUCUGCUUGAAUGGGAACAGCCGGGGGGGGGGGCUCCUCAGCAGGCAACCGCUGUCCUCUUUCCAUUGCCUUCUGUGAGAAUGAUUACUGGCUCCCCCCACCCCAGCAGAUUUCUGAAGUGCGUCUUCAGGUGUGGCUGCUGGGAACAAGCAAAGAUUCUGCCCCCAAGAUGCUGAUGUGGAAACUUGAAUAGUGACUUGCACAAAACAGUGUUAGUUUUCUUCUUUAAAAGCACGACUUUUCCUACCUUAUUUACGGCACGCUGACGACAAAAGGUACAUCUGUGCUUACGAGUCGGUCGUGUUGAUUGUUGCUAUGCAAAGUUGUAACAUGCUUGAGCAAGUUACUUUCCUACUUGUGCUAAAGCUGGUAGGCGGGGAUUGAUUUCCUGAGCUUGACAGAGGGGGCCUACUUCAACUAUAAAUUGUGGGGGGGGUGCGGGCGGGGGGGGGAGUUCCUGCAAAAUUUUAAGUUAAUGGACUUUCUGAAAAGGGAAAACCCACCCCAAUAUUUUUUCAGAUGUGAUUCAUAUUCAGUUGGUCCCCCAAUAUAUUUACCAUAUGGUGUCAUUCUGAAUUACUGCACCCUGAAAUCUCUGUGGGAAAUUUACAAAGAUGCUGUAGUGAUUUACAGUUGUGCUAGCAGCUCUAUCCUAACCGGAGCCUGCCUCUGCUGAAACACUUGGGACUGCGAUGCCAUGCAGCUUUGCCAAUUUGCGCUGUGGAGCAAAUGGACCCCCAAAGGGCUUUGCAGCUAAUAAGUUUUAUUGAAACUAUAAAAAUCUGAA